UAUGUAAAAUGACGAAACUAAUGAUACGACAACAUAAAUUAAUGAUAUAGAUGUACAAUCAUAGUAAAAAGAGACAGAAAAUAUCCAAUAAGAUAAUUAACAAGAAGUUAUUGAAUAAUAAACUCUUGAAUAAUAAUAAUAAUCAAAUGAAGCACUCUUGAGACAAAUUGAUGAUGAUGAACCUGUAAUCAAAUUUAUAUGAUAUAGAUAUACAUCCUAGUGAGCAAUCCUUCAGAAGUAAAAUCAUCCUCUAUGAAUAAAUACCUUGUUUAUACAGUAAAGGGUAAAGAUGCCUUAGGAAAUUUUGAAGUUCAGAGAAGAUUCAAUGAAUUUUAUACAUUGAGGGAAGCAUUAAUAUAAAUUUGGCCAGGUUUGUACAUACCACCUUUGCCAGAUAAAUUAGUAAAUCCAACAGGUGAUCAAUUAUUAGAAAGAGUUAGAUUAUUGAAUAUAUUUGUGAUGAAAAUGGCACAAAUAAAGUAUUUAUAUUAUUCAGAAGAAUUUGUAUAAGUAUUUUUAAGAUCAACAUAAUUGGAUGUUUGUAAAGUAUACAUAAAUUUUAUAUAUAUAGUAAAUACAAAAUUUACCAAAACCUAAUAUUAGAUCAUAGAUUGAGAAAUUCAAACAUAUUUUUGAAUUGGAUUAAGUUCAAGAACCAGAUAGUAUUUCAAUUAAUAAGAUUAAUUAAAUGUAAAGAUUUUGUAAAUAAUCUCAACAAUUAUUGAUUAAAUUAUUUGAUUAAGCCAAAAGUUUAAGUGGAAGUAAAAGAUGUUUGAAGGAAUUAUUCCAUUCUUUUUUUGGAUAUGGAUUGUAAGAAUUUGAAUAAUAAAUAUUACUUCCAUGUUUAAAUAAUGAAAAAUAACUAAUUUUAACAAAUCCUGAUGCUUAAGAAUUGAAAUCUACUUUAGAUUAUUUAGUAAUUAUAUAUACAUAUUAAUUUUAGAAAGAUCAAAAUUAAAUAUCUUUAGAUAAAAUCUAAGACUUGAUAUCAACAGAAUAGAGAGAUAUGGAAGCAUUUUUAUAAGGUUUUUAAUCAAGAGAAUCUCUAUUACAUACAAAGUCAAAAGUUGAGAACAAAUUAAGAGAGUAACAGGAAUAAUUAACAAAAGUUAUGAUAGCUAAAGGAAGUAGUUUUGGUAAAAGUUAAGAAGAAUAACGAUAGAAAAUUGAAUUACAAAUAGUUGAAGUAUACAAAUAGUUUUAUAUAUAUAAAAGAGCUAAAACGAUGUAGACUCAUAUAAAUAUUAUUAUUAAUUGGUAACUCAUGUAUUGACAAUGAAAGCAAUUGAUAAGUUUAAGAAAGACAAACAUGAAUCAUACAAGAGAAUAAUUAGAGAUUUAGCAUAAUUGGAAAUAGAAAAUAAUUAAGUUAUGUAAGAAGUCUGGACCAGAAUUAUAAGUCUGGCAGAGUCACUAAGAGUGAAGGAAUGAU